CGCUAGAGUAUGCGAUUGGAAUGUCAUAAUUUUAUCAAUUUUCAAUUUGUUGUUUGGUUCUGGUUUACAAUUUUUACAAAAAUUAGCAUAUAGUUUAGAUUUUUAAUAAUGUUUUUAUUUAGUUAAGUAUCAGUCAGAAAGUGAAAUUCUGACAAAAUAAUGACUAUGUGCAAUGGUACUACCGAAAAUCCAUUCGUUUUUAUUGAUUUUGGAAUAGAUGAGGAGAAAGUCGGGCGUGUUGUAAUAGAACUGUUUCGUGACAUUGCACCGAAAACUGUGGAAAAUUUUCGUGCAUUAUGCACAGGUGAAAAAGGUUAUGGAAAAUUUAAUAAGAAAUUACAUUACAAAGGGAGUCGAAUACAUCGUGUUGUUCCACAAUUUAUGGUACAAGGUGGGGAUAUUAUUAAUUUUGAUGGAACAGGUGGUGAAAGUAUUUACGGUGAAAAAUUUGAGGAUGAAAAUUUUAAUUUGACGCAUGAACAAGAAGGCGUUCUCAGUAUGGCAAAUGCUGGCCCGAAUACAAAUAGCUCGCAAUUUUUUAUAACAACUGUACCGUGCACACAUUUAGAUGGUAUUAAUGUGGCUUUUGGAAAAGUACGUAAAGGUUUUGGUGUCGUAAAAGAAAUUAGUGAAGUAAAAGCAGAUAACGGUCGUCCGAUUCCAGAAUGUAAAAUAUUAAAUUGUGGUCAAUUGAGACGAAAUGAAAAUUGGGGUAUCGAAGAUGCCGAUUGUACAGAUGAUGUGUAUCCACCUUGGCCAGAAGAUUGGCAACGUACCGGCAAAGAGGAAAUUCACGAUUAUAUGGACGUUGUAAAUAAAAUAAAAAACUCAGGAAAUUAUCAUUUUUCAAACAAAAACUACGUAGAAUCAGAUCGUAAAUAUAGGAAAGCAUUACGUUAUAUAAAUUUCUCAACAAAAGUUCAAAUGGAUUCAGAUGGACCUGAUUAUGAUAGAUCAACCCUGAAUAAUAUUAAAGUGAUUUCAUUAUUAAAUUUGGCAGCUGUGAAAUUAAAGCGAAAUGACUUUAAGGAAGCUCGUGAUUGUUGUAUUGAGGUUUUAACAAUAGAUCCUAACUCAAGUAAAGCUUUGUAUAGGCGAGGUCAAGCAUAUGUGGGAUUGAAAGAGUACCAAUUGGCUUUAAAAGAUUUUAAAAUGGCUCUAAGGUUGUGUCCGCAUGAUAAACGAAUUGUCGGUGAAAUGAAAAAAUUACAAAAUACUAUUAAUUUGUAUUUGGUAGAAGAAAAAAAAGUUUUUAGUAAAAUGUUUGAAUGUUGACUGAUUGUAUUUUUCU